AUGGCGGAGUCGGCAGCCCCCGCCGCCGCUGCAGCCGCCGGCCACAAGCAGGGCGAAGCGUCUUCCGCUGCCGAAGCAGUAUCUGAAAACUCUAAAGCACCAGAUAAAAAAGUUGUCUCAUCCAGCCGGCCCUCUUCUGCCCUUUUAGGACAGGGCACUAAUCCUGCAGGAACCAAGACAGUACUAAAAGUUGAUGAAAGACAACGACUGGCCAGAGAACGAAGAGAAGAAUAUGAAAAGCUUUUAGUGGCAAGAGAAGCUGCUUGGCUAGAAAAAGAGGAGAGAGCAAGGCAACAUUAUGAAAAACAUCUGGAGGAACGUAAAAAGAAAUUAGAAGAGCAGAGGCUAAAGGAAGAAAGAAGGCGAGUUGCAGUAGAAGAAAAACGGAAGCAGCGAUUAGAGGAGGACAAGGAACGACAUGAAGCUGUUGUGCGCCGCACAAUUGAGAGGAGCCAGAAACCAAAAGAAAAGCCGAAUAGGUGGUCCUGGGGAAGUACACUUCAUCGUAGCAGCAGCGUUAAUAAUGCAGAUCCAGACAGGCGAUCUGUUUCAACAAUGAACCUUUCGAAACAUGUUGAUCCAGUCAUUAACAAGCGGCUCUCCUCCUCAUCUGCAACAUUACUAAAUUCUCCAGACAGAGCUCGACGUAUGCAGCUAAGUCCAUGGGAAAGCAACGUUGUUAGCAGGCUUCUGACACCAACUCAUUCAUUCUUGGCCAGGAGUAAAAGUGCAGCAACUUUAUCUGGAGAUGCAGCAUCUUGCAGCCCAAUCAGCCCUCUCUCCUUCAAGGCCAUAAGUUGCCAAAGUCCAGCAGACCGAGCAAAACUGUUUGGCACAGCCCCUGAGGUUAGACGGCGAAGGACCGCACAUUCAGCUGGGAGUAGCAGAAAAGGAAAGGAAAGGGGACUCUCAUCAAUUAAUAUUUCAUCUGGUAAAAAGAGAACUCGUUCACCAUCUGCCUUCAGAAAUAAACCAGCUGCUUGGCAUGCUUCCAGAUCAAUGUCCGCUCUGCCAGGAACACCCAGAAAGAUCAUUUUGCUACCUGGAUCAUCCAAAACACCUUCCAUUCAAGCUCGCCCUCCUUCCCCUGGCAACAUUCGUCCACCAAAAAAUGAGAAAAAGGAAACACUGCAGGAAUCUGAGAAGAUAACUGAACAAAAGUCUAAAAAAACAGCUUCAAGUCCCAAAGUAGCUAUAAGUGAAGAGCCUUGUAAACCAGAGUCUACUCAAAGUCCUGUUCCAGUCCUGCCCUCUGUUCCUUCAGCAGCUUCACCAUCUCCCAUCUGUAACAAACUUUCAGCGGGGACCACAGAUCCAGAAGAAGCAACCCGGUUGCUUAGUGAAAAAAGGCGACUCGCCCGGGAGCAACGAGAACAGGAGGAGGAGCGAAAAAAGCAGCAGGAAGAGACUGAAAGACAAAAGAAGGAGACCUUGGCGCAAAAGAUAGCUGAGGAAAGAGCGCGCCGAGAGGAGGAAGCUCAGAAGCAGGAGGCAGAAAGGAAGCAAAAAGAAGCAGAACAGGAACAGGAGGAGGAGGAGCUACGACGCUUGGCUGAAGAAAAGGAGGAGAAAGAAAGGAGAGAAAUGGAACUCCUUCAGAAGCAGAAGGAAAAGGAAACUCGGCUACGAGAAGACCAGAUCCGACUGGAGCGUGAAAAGCAUUUCCAAAAAGAAGAACAAGAACGCUUAGAAAGAAAGAAGCGUCUUGAGGAAAUUAUGAAAAGAACUAGGCGAUCAGAACCUGCAGAGAAGAAAUCAGAUGACCAACAGAAUGGAGUGAUAGUGAAAGAAAUAGCAGUGAGCGGCCCUACACCUCCGUUAAGCCCUGUAAUGGGUUCUCAGGUUCAGUGUAUGGCAGAAACUCCACGCAAUGGGGAAAUAGUAGUUCAUACACCUGUGCUCAUUUCUCACCAGUCCAGAGUAAAUUUAGACAGUAAUCUCAACCCACAAAAACAUCCAAAUGAAAAUGGAGUAUCUACUCAGGAUGAAAACUUUGAAGAGCUCAUCAGUUUACCCAUGGGAAAAAAACCUCCCAGAUUAGAUGCCAUGAGUCCUGAAGAGAAAGAUAGUUCUGACAUUCCUUUGACUCCCAUCUUGGCCUUUGAAGAGAAUGGGGCACGAGGGUCAUUGCCUCAGGUAGACAAUGUUCAAACGCCUCAGACAGCAGCAGGUGUUCAGAACAUAUAGGAGAGCUUCAGAGGGAACAGGAAUUGGCAGAUAUUAUUUCUCCUGUUCCACUCAUGAGACCUUUUUACAUGCAGUUCCAGUCGUCGCUCCCACG